UGUAACAACAUAAUAACAACUAACAGUGCAUUUGAGAAACAAAAUUCGAAAUUAGUCGUGAAAACAUACCGGAGUGAAUCUUUCUUCUUCAGCAUUAAGGAGGUCACCGACUGAAGAUGCCUUGGCCUGAUUUGCCAAGUGCCUCCUACUAUUCAGCACAUAAGACAACUCAUCCAGCCCCAGAUACAAUAGAAUAUAACGAUGGAGAUAUGCUCGCAUCGAUUCCAGAACGUGAAUGGAAACUUCUGGCAGCCUUGGCUCGAAAAAGAGAGGAAGAAGACCAGAGGAAGAACCUUGCAGAUCAGUUCCAGAAAAUGUGGCUGAAGGAAAAUGAAGAAAGGCAAAAAUUGAAAGUGGACGCUUCGGAACAAUACAGACGAUAUAUACACAAGAAGAGAGACCAAGAUCGCAACUCGCAACAGUACCGGAUGCUGCAACUUGCUGCUGAGGAUCAGGCAAGAAGGGAGCAGUUUCUUGACUGCAUCAGACACAAGGAGAAGAAGAGUGCUGAUUUGAAGGCGUGUCUAGAGGAUUGGCAGAUAACUAAGUUAGUCGGUAAGGCGAUGGAGGAAGACACACGCCUGCAACUCGCAUCUGAGCGGAGACUUAGAAUGUAUGCCGCUGACGAGUUGAGAAGACGCGCGGAGCUGGUGCACGCAGAACGCAAAGCAGACAACGCGCAGCAACGACGAUGCGCCCAGUUGAGAGAUGCUUCUAAGCGCGCCGCAAUAUCCCACGCACUGGGCAGUUGGGAGUGUACAUUGCUGCGGCACGACAUAGCGAGCGAGGACGCCACGCGCCGUGCGACAUUCGCCGCACAGUAUGCAAUGAAAGAAGCUCGGAGCAUGCGAAUAACGCACGCAUUGGAGAAAAGACGCGCGCACGCCCGCCAUGUUGCUGAUGUAACUAGACAAUUACGUGAUGCUAUAAGAGGGACUAGAUAACUUUUAAAUAUAUAUGUUAU